AUGCACACGCUGCAACUGAUGAACUACUUCACGUACAAGGCUGUGAGGACCGUGCUGACCCAGCUGUACGAGCUGAAUCCGCCGAGCUACCGCUGGUCCUACAACUUCGUCGCUGUCAACAAGCCUACCGACGGCAAGCAUUUCCUCCGUGCUCUCGGUAAGGAGAGGCAGGAGCUUGCUGAGCGAGUGAUGGUCACCAGGCUUCACCUGUACGGGAAAUGGAUGAAGAAAUGCGACCAUGCGAAGACGUACGAGAAGAUCUCCGACGAGAACCUGGCGCUGAUGCAGGAGCGGCUGAUGGAGACGGUCAUCUGGCCUACCGACGAUAGCAGCACGGAGAAGAUCGGCUGAUGCCUGAUGCCUGCCGAGGCGUCGAGUCCUUUCGGGUUGCUGAUCAAGCUUAGCUCCUUCUAUUAGCAUGUAGAGCAGCACUUUGGGUUUCUCUAUCAGUCAGCCA